GCCUCUGGAAACUGCACCAUGAGCAUCCUGUUCCGUCCUUAUGACUGAAGACUCAGUUGUGGUCCACAAAUAUUUCUAUUUAGAUGAUAAAAUCCUGACAGCCCAAGCCUCGUCUACGAGUCAGUCUCUCCAGGAAGGGCGAGAGCUGGUCAACCAAACCCUUAGGUCUACCAAAUGGUUCCACACCGAUGCAGCAUGCAGUAAACGCUUCUGGGUACCCGGUUCCAACGUGUACAUGUACGUGCCCAUCCCAGAUGUGCUUCACCCUUCAAGAAGACGCGAUCUUCUGGGAUAUGGCUCGGGAUGCGACUCAAACUCGGGCUUAAACAUGCCGGAAUGGAACUCACCUGUCGACGGUGCUGAAGUAUUGGAUAUGGACAAUCUACCCUUGUUUGAAAGCACGGACCUCGAUGAUCUAUUCGAUCCCAGGAAUGCCCCAUUGAUUGUUGAAAGAAACUUAAACCAACAAACCGCAAAUCCACCAUCUGUAGAGCAGUUGGACCAUUCUACAUUGUUCAAAGUUUUUCCGCAGCCACAUAUACACGUAUUCGGUAAUUUUGAGGUGACCAAACCCUUUAAGAUCCCUGUAUAUUCAAAGACAGAUCCGAUUCCAAUCUUUCCAUACACACUUCCUUUGAAAUCACCUUCCAAUGCUCGUCGUGCGUGGCUUGUGCCAGUUCGUGGGAUCCUUCCUUGGGAACAUGCAACACCCGCGGUACUCCUCGAUCCCAAAGUUUCACCGCAAUCACCUCGUUCUCCAAAUCCAGCACUUUCUCUUCCUAUUGUUUGGACACAUGCGUCACUACGUGCGUUUUGGACGUCACUACUUGAACUGAAGCGGAGAACUGGAUUGGGACCUAUUAGUGUUUCCUUCACUGCGGCUGGAUGUGGGAGUCUUCAGUCAUUUAUUUCGCGCAUUCCAAGGUCCGAAUAUAUGGAUAGUGAUGAAGAAGAAGAGGUGAAUCCGAGCCCAAAUCCGAUAUCUGGCUCAGAUGCAUCUGAUACCCCGGCGGGGUCAAACUUUCAUCCCAAUCCUCUGGAUUCCGUGGAUUAUAUAAAGAUCUAUCAUCAAUCUCAAUUCUCCAUGCAUUUUCGAAAUAUGGUGGAUCGUUUCGGUUUUGAAAUGAAAGCUGGAGAUGGGAACGAGAAAGUAAGGGUUUUGAAAAAAGCUCGGCUUGUUCUGGUUGAUGAUGUAGCUCGAGGGGUACUGGUCUCGUAG